CCAUGAUCGUUGUUGCGGUCGGUGGUGGUCGGUCGGUUGUGCUCGAGGUCAACAAGGUGUUUUCGGUGUUUUCGCAGCAUGGAUCUUUGACAAGAUGGGAUCGCUUCACCUCUACAGCAACGCAUCAUCGUCAGCUUCGCACUUUCUCAUCCUAAUCACAUCUCUGAAGCCAUUUUAGAUAAGUAGACGCGUUCUUUGCUAGCAGUGGGACGCAUUCGCGCGCUACUUUUAACAGCACGUUUAUCAUCUCCGCCCUUGUUCCUUUUCUAGUAUGUAGCUCUCACAGUCGUUGUUCUCUCGGGAAGCGUAAACUCUUGUGUCUUUCGAGCUGAGCAGCAGCACUGCAGAUGUCCUCAUAAAGAAGGAGCCGUUGCUUCUUGAUAGGAGCCCCUUCUUUACCAGCGCAUCUUGCAGUGUCUGUUUUCGUCGGCGUCUCUCCGACUAUGGAUGACGACGGUAGUAACGGUUCCGCCUCUCGGCGGCCCGAUUCUACGGUGGCCACCGGCUCCGAGGAAGCGCCAGCCUCACCCCUGUCCAUGCAAAUGUCCAAUCGGACGAUAGUCGAAGGGUUGGACUUUGGGCAUGGCGACGGUGCGAGCGCUGAGUCGAGAACGUCGACGGCGGUGGCGGCAAAACGCGUCGCCGAUGAAUCUGCCGGCUGUGGCGAGCUAUCUCCGCCGACCAAGCAGGCGCGCUGCGACAGCAGCGGCCGAUUUUCAUCUCCCGAGGACGCGCACGCUUGCAGUAGUGACCAGGCACCGACGUUGUCGUUGGGCGACGAGUUCUUUCAAAACGACCAGAUGGUCGACAGCUUCGGCGAGGACGGUCGCAGCGGAUAUGCACGUGACGCGGCGGCGACCGGCGUGCAGCAGGGAAACGAUCGCCCGGUGUUGAGCUUCGACAUUCUGGACGAAGUGGGCCCGGGUCAAGGCGACGAGGACAUGGACGAUGAAGACAGCGCGAACAACGGAUACAGUGGCAGCGGCGACCCGGGCGCAGAGGAGCCGAGCGACAGCGACAUCUCAGACGACGAGAUCGAAGCCAUGCUCGAGGCUGGCAUGAACUCGCCUAGCAGGCAGGAGGUCGAAGAGGACGAGGACGUCGUGCACGAGGUCAAGGAGAAAGUGAUCCUCAAAGUGCGGGGGCAUGACCACUUUGACGUACUGCCGGAAGGUUGGAUCCAGGUCACACACAACAGCGGGAUGCCCAUCUACCUCCAUAAGCAGUCCAGAGUGUGCACGCUGUCCAAGCCAUAUUUUCUCGGUCCUGGUAGCAUUCGGAAACAUGAAGUGCCCAUCUCUGCCAUUCCCUGCCUGCACUACAAGAAGGAAAAAGAGAAGGAAGAGCAAUGUCCGGUCACAAAUGGGGUGUCAGAUGGAAGCGAAGGUGUGCCAGAGAAAGUGGCUGAACUGGCAGGACAAAUCCCUACUGCAAAGGUGGAGAGUGUAAAAGAGAGCCAGAAGGAACGGUCACUAGAUGCCCUGGCAUUUCGACAGUACUGUGAGGGAGUGUUUGACUUUCAAACCAUUCAGCUGCGAAAGUUCAAGACGUGGGCAGGUCGCCGUAAACACAAGAAGAAGCUGAAGCAGAUGCAGCGCCCCAUGCUUCCGGAGAGUACAAAGCUGAUCAUGUGUUCACUGCCCCCAACUACGGACACAAGCCAGAUCACCAGCGGGCACUCCAAGAGAGAAUUCAUCAUGAACCCAAGCGGAAAGUCGAAUGUGUGCAUUCUUCACGAAUACGUGCAACACGCCAUGAGGACACAGCCACAGUACACAUUCAAGGAACUCGAAAGCUCAAGCAUGCCGUACGGGGCCACCGUAGUCAUUAAUGGCAUCGAGUAUGGCUCUGGCUUUGGAAGCAGUAAAAAGCAAGCCAAGUCGGAAGCAGCCAAAGCAACACUGGAAAUCCUCAUCCCGCAAAUGAAGGACACAAACAUGAAGAGCGAGAAGAGUGAAGACUUCUUCCAGGAUGUUGCCUUCUUUGACGAAAUCAGAGUGGAAGAUCCCCGUGUGAAUGAGCUUUGUGCGAAGACUGGGCAGCUCUCUCCUUACCAGAUUCUUCUGGAAUGCCUCAAACGGAACUACGGCAUGGGUGACACAGAAAUCAAGCAGGAGAUGAAAAACAUGAAGCACCAGCGAAAUGAAUUCAUCAUGUCAGUUGGCAAACACACAGCUAGUGUCAUUUGUAGAAACAAGAAAGACGGGAAGCAAAGGGCAUCACAAGCUAUUCUUCAGGGCUUGCAUCCUCACAUCACCUCAUGGGGCUCACUACUCAGGCUUUAUGGGAAGGGCUCCUGCAAGACGCUCAAGGAGAAGAAGGAGGAAGAACAGCGCAUCACAGAAUUGCAGAGCAAAGCCAGUGCCAACAGGCCCAACCUGUGCAUCCUCAACAAGCUCAAGGAAGAGAUGGUCAAGCUGAAGGAGCGGCGGGAGGCAGUGAAGCCCAUUGGCAAGUUCAUUCCUCAGGAGGUGGACUUCCCGUCAACGUCAGCAGCGGACCUGAAAGUCGUCGAGUUGUGACUCUGCUGCAGCGGUUGUAGUCAAACAUAUUCUGGUCACGCGGAUUUCGCUACCAAGUUCCAGUUCUACCCCCAUCGUGGCUUUCCGCAUCAUCGACCAUACGCACAUGUGUUGAAGUGUUGUGUUCACUUUUACAGUUUUUCUUUUUUUUUUCAACAAAUGUCCCCGUGCGUUUAUAUAUUGCAAGGAAGCAGCUGCCAGCACAGAGCCGUCUAGUUAGGAAACACAGUCGCAAGUUGUUUUAAGGGAAACGAAUGGGUGCUGAAAGCAGUGCUUUGAAGGGAGGCCUGCAGGGCUGCGAAUCUGUUUGUGGUUUCAGUCAAUGGUGUCCAGUGCCAUGUUUCGUAUCCUCUCUUUUCUGUUUAUUACACUUCACUGGACAUCAUUCUGUCCGGUGGCAUGACUCCCUUUUUUGUGAAACUCCUUCCUCAUACUGUGGAAAACUAGUAAUAAUUUGUGCUUUGAAUUUCUAUUAAAGCCCAGUCAUGACUGUUAUUGACAGCUUGGACUACUUCAAUAAGCAGCAGUGCCCUGUUGUUGAAAGGUUAGCCAAAAACAUGUGAAGCCUCACUCAAUGCUACAAACAUGUCGCUGGGCAUGUUUCGUAUCUUAGAAAAUGGCUAUUGUGUGCAAUAUAUGUAAAACAUUCCACAAUGAAAAGGAGAUUCAACAGUACAACACCUGACACAGAAAGAAUCACAAGGACAUAAUACUGCGUCCUUGUGUUUUAAGCAUGAAGUGCUUUUAGCUUCCGUUGUUGGCGACCUUCAAGUGACCUUGAGCCAAAAGCCAGAGCCGUUGUCCGGGCACUCAAACGAGAACAUCCGCACAUCGUUGCGAGAACAAAAACGAGAUCAUCCGGGCAACCAGCCAAAAGUUUUAAAAAAUGUGGUCUCUGGCCCCCAACCCUUUGUACAGAACCGCAUUACAUACGCUAGUUACUUAAGUUACAAGAAAUAUUGCUUCCGAUUUCUUCCUAAUGUUUGUUCACAAUAUCAUUCAAGCUGCAACUUAUAGUAUGCUGAAGUUUUAUUCGUCAUUUCCAAUAGCGACGUUCAAAAGGCAGAUACAGGGCACCAUACACUUGAGUGUCAUCUUUUGGCGCUGAGACAGGGUUGCUCGACAAGAAGAAAAAGUAGCGACAGACGCUGAGUGCGGCGACACCACAGGCAGCAAGAGAUGCCAUAUGGUAGCCAUUUCAUGUUUAAAUCUAGUCUCGAUUACUGGAGAGCGAGCAAAUUUUUCUUUUUUUCUGUGUCCCGUGUCGCGCUGUUGAAUCUGCUUUUUACAAAGAUGUACAAAGCAGCCCAAAUAAGCAUGCUGUUAAGGUGUUUCAUGUGGUAUCCCUUUACGAAUGCUCAGUGCUUCAGUGAGUUGCUUUCUUUCCACUGAAGGUCAGCUACAAAUCCCUGUCACACGAGCACUUUUGAAGUCAUUUCAAGCAAUGGGGAAUGUGCAGUGUGAGACAGAUGCAUUAAGGAACGUCUAGUUCAAAGUAACGUUGAGUUGAGGGAGCUCCCAUUUGGGUUUUGAAUCAAAGCACUCUUAUUCUUGCACUGUUUUGUUCUGAAAAUCACUUUUUCCUACAUGGCAGCAGUUCAUGUUAAGAGCAUUCUCAUUUGGAGACCAUGAGGCAAAUGCCAUAGCUUCCUUGAACUGGCUUAUGCUCCUUUAACCCUUUUGUACCGCAAGAAAUAACGAAAACAGUACCAAAUUUACAGAAAAAUCAGAAAAUCUAGUGUCGGAAACUACAGCUAAAAGCACGCUGACAUAUAUAUUCAUUAUUUGUUCGCACUGCGAGGCAUUUUUUCCCGUGAUAAUUAUAAUCAUCAUGGGCUGUAUCGGUAAAAAUGGUAGGAAAAGGGUUAAAAGUCUCACUCUUCCUUGCUUCCAAGGAGCUUAAGGAUUCCUGUGUGACAGGGGUUUAAGUAGUACUAGUUCUUUUUUUUUUUUUUUUCAAAUGUGCUCUGCUACACCAUCAGCUUUUAACAAUCAAGCAAUUGUACACUGAUUUUACACAACCUGCCAGUAGGAGCAGAUUCGAAGUGUCAAGCUUGCCCAUUGUGUGGAAGUGAAGCUCAUUUUCUGUGCUAGCCAGCCCAAAUGCUCUGGAUGCUGUUUUCGCAUCUGUCUCAACAUGUGCAUAGAAAACAAUGUCUGCUGCUUGUAAAGGCUUCCACGUCACGUGCCGUAGCUAGGAUGUCAAAGAGAGUGUCUUGCCCUCCUUUUGAGUGGUUUACUGUGUUACUUGAAGUGGUCAUAGUGCUGCGAGUCUACUACAGUCAAAAGCAAAAGGUAUUAUGUUAGACAGUUGUAGCAUAGUUUCGAUGAAGUGCUAUCCUAGACAUAUGCCAGGGGUCGUAGACAUGAGGAACAGCGCUAUAGUGGAGACAUCUCGUGGCACUGUGUUUAAUCAGCUAACAACCACAGAAAUUUUAUUUAAAUGACCAAAGGUUACGAGCAGAAAACAGUGCUAAUCGACAGGAUGAAGAGAAGGACACAGACCACAGCACUGACUAACAACCAAGUGUUUUUAUUCUUUCAGUCAGCAUAUAUAUAUAUAUAUACACUCUACCACUAUCGCAAAGAACAGAAAAACGGAACGCCAUUCCAAUCAUUAAUGGAGUAAACAUAUUGGUGGCAGCAUGAUCACCGCAAUGGUUCUUUCAAUGGGAUGACUUGUGUAACACAAGAACAUUUCUAGUGUUUUGUGGUUGGUUGCUGCGUUUCAAGACGGUCACUACCAGUGUGGCUGUUGUUGGACUCUGGUACUCUGACAUGGGUGUAUGCAAGUAUCCCUAUCGGCUAUCCUAAAGCUCUCAAUUAACUAUUGUACAGUAGUAUGGUAGUAGUAUGGUCAAGUGUCAAAGGGCACACACUGUUUGUAUUCUACCACCAAUUAUCACUGAGAUGUGGCACAGAGGCUCUUGGACAAAUUUUUGAUGUAGAAAUAUACAUGCAAUUAAUUACAUCAACAAAAAAAAACAUUUCUAGUCAUAUUGGCUUUAUCACUGGUUAGGUGUUUCUUUUAGCAGUGGACUCUACUGUUCAGUCUCGCAUACCGUAUAAAGUGUGCGUCAUAUCUGGUCUCUUUAUUCCGGUUAGCAAUAAUAAGUUAGAAUACAGCGACCAAAACUUGAGGUUCAGCACCUGAAACUCGCAGCAAAAAUUGUUCAAGGAACAGCUCAGCAGGCACAGAACCGCAGUAUUCUAGUGAUAUUUUAGCAACCCUGAUUGUAGGGUAACCAACAAAACAUGAAAUCGACGUAAGUUAUAAAGUGGCUGCAUGUGUCAUGACAUCCGCUCUGAUCUGCUGCUGACCAUUUUAGAUUUGGGUUUGUGUGCCUUAUCCAGAACAGCUAGCGGAAGUUGCAGAUAGAAAGCCCUGAAAAGCGAUUAAACGUUGCCACACCUCUCGUCGCUUGAAAUGCCAUGUCCUUCGUGCGGAAGACCAAGCGACUCACAUUAUUUCUACCAAUAGUUGAACACUUAAAAAGUACCUGUGUCCCUGGAAAGUGCAGGUUCCCUGUUAACCUUGGGCCAGUGUAUGAUGUUGCGACUUUUUUUUUUUUUUCCCUGGGGGGGGGCAACUGCAAGGCUAAAAACCUCGGGAAGUUCAUUUGCAUUAAUUGUGUCCUCCCCACCCUACUACCCAAAGUAACUGUCUCCUGUUCGAAAACUUUCCUUCCAUGUUUUUUGUCAUUCAGUGUAAGAGUUUUCAUCGCGAUUAAUACCAAUUUUUACCUAUUAGUUUGCGAUUGUUUUGCAUGUACUACUUAAGCACCUUCAUUCCAUUAUGGGCCCUUACUGCGUGAGGAGACAUGCUUGUUUGAGUCCUCUGGGAGCAUUCUUGUUCCUACUUCACUCGCUGGUAGAGCCUCAAGAAUAUUGGGAAGUGAUCACUAAUCGGGUGUCACAGACCCUGUCACAGUUGCUUGCUUUUUAACUUGUCACAAGAUGGCUAUAUUUAUGCUUGUAUGCCUCUGUUCAUUUUAUGUUGUUGGUGCCUCGUUUAGCCUGCUAUUUUUCUUAUACAUAGUUAACUUCUUUCUAUUUCUUUGCUUGUUACCUUUACGUUUUGUUAAUGCGAGUGCUGCAGUGGUGCAAAUGCCCCCUUUUUCUUUCUUUUUUUCUUUUUUUACCUUGGAUGUGGCGAAACACUCUGCAUGGAGUGAUUUGGCAUAGACCUUCAAAAGAGUCAUUCGCACAAAGCAUAAGGGGUUAUUUACCCUGUACACACUGUAUCGACUCCAUUUUCUCAAGCAUAUUAAAUUAACAAGUUGACGACGAUAUAGCAGCUGCUCAGUGAGCUCUUACUUUGUCAUCGAGCUUGCUGCACACUUACUGGCGUGAUGUGAAGUGACCGAUAGGUGUGGAAAUGCUGCACAGACCUUUUGCUGUUUGUACGCACAGUAGUUAUGCCAUUCUAAUGGUAAUCCGCAGCGUUUUUAUUGAACUAUUUGGUUUUUAAAUACUGCAAGCCUUCUUCAACUACAUUAGGGAUAUGGGUGGUGAUGUUGCACACCAUGAUGGAAACAUUGGCAAUGGAAACAAACAACAAAACAAAAACCACUUGGGAAAUGUGCCGAUUGCUUUGCUCCUAGUCAGUGCACAUAUGAUGAUGAUGAUACGACGUGAGCUGCAGUUCAUAAAAGUCUAGGACUAUGCAAUUUCACAAUCAAAUCGGGUAAACGCAGGAGCUGCACCUUUGAUAGCUUUUAAUAAUACAUUGCUGCAGUUGAAGCAAGAAAAGAUGAUUUAAUGGGCAGGGAAAGAGCAAACUUCUUGCAAAAAUUUUGCUCACUCUUAUGGGAAAAAAGAUGAGGAAUAAUUACAAAUCUGACAAACAGCUAGCGAUAAUGGCCUUGUUCUUUGUUUUUUAUUUUAAUUUUGGUAUCAAAAAAGGCUGUUUUUUCAAGUUUUUUUUAAUGCGCCUGCUCAUAUUUCAAAUGUGUAGAUUAGAAAGGAGGCUCUAUGACUACACCGUCUGAAGGUUUCGCUAUCUAAAAUUUUGGUGUAGUUCAAAAGGACUUGUUGCUGGGAAUGUUGGUGUGGUUUACUGGUAGUGCAUUAUUUUUAGCGACAAUAAAAAAAGACCACACAGAGAACACGACAAGCUCAAGUGCAAGUGUCUGUCGUGUUCUCUGUGUAGUGUCUGUUUUCGUGCCGUUAAAAAGAAUUUGUACUCGUAAAUUCAUUGUAUUUGGCCUUUGAUAGCAGGUGUUUUGCUGCAUGGCUUCGACUUAAGGGUAAUGUUACCAUAGCAAGAAGCUCAUCAUGGCGCCAAUCUAUAAAAUCAUCCUUUCACCACCAGCAGCUGCCAUUGUUAACGAUGACACCGUAGUUCUGCUGUGGGGACCCUUUAUAUCCGGCAAUGAACAUUCAGCACGUCGGGACAAAGAAUUGCUUACACAGGACACUUUGCAUAUGGUUUCAAAGCCAAUUUUAAUCAUCAUCAUUUUAAAUUUGUCCCAGUGCUGCUUUAGAUGACUGUUCAACCUCACUUUGCAAUCUUUUGUAUGCCUGGUAGUUGCUGUGUGAUUUUUGUCCUAGCGAAGCAUACCAUGUUGUUUUGAGCACCUGCAUAUUAAGGAGUUAAGGAUAAUUGGAAAUCACUCAGCUCUAACCAUGUUCUUUCUUUUUUUUUUUUAACGACUGAACUCUGUCACUUAGGAAUGGAAAUUCUUUUUAUUGCAGCAGCCUUUUGUUGUGAAUUUAUUACAACUGGUUUAGACUGUGUGGUGGUUGAGGACAUCUGAGUAAAUUUCACCUCAGGAGAGCGAAGUUACAGUUGCAUUUGCUUGUGUGUGUGUGUGACCAUAUUUUGCUGCUAGAAUUCAAUACGCUUUGGGAUUCUGUGAAAAGUGGUGUUUGACAAUACACAUGCAGCCUUUGCCCUCUGAACUCCACCUAUUCAUGUCAGCCAUUGCAUAUAUGUAUUUUUGUCUUUCACGUUUGUGGUGGUUCGAAACUUUCUUUUGAUGAAUAUUUUAACCGAUCGCUGCAACCGUUGCCUACAGUCACAUUUUCCAGGCAACAGGAGCAAAGCCAUCAUUUUAAGUCAGCCUUGUACGCAUGGAUCGUGUGGUUAUCUGUCAAAUGCGCUUUUUGUAAUUGUCUUGUCUUGAUCGUUGUCUGGUGGUUGGCUCUGUGUUUCUUGUUUGUGAGCCAUGAAUUUUUCUAAGAAGUUACACAAUCCACAUUUCUUUGUUCUCAUCCUUGUGUCAGGCAGCUAUACAUCACCCUUAAAUUUUCUUGUCUAGUCUAGCUUAGCAAUUAGUCGUCAGGCGUUUAUGCCUUUAUGGAUUAAACACAAUAAAGUGACAUCUGUUUGUGAAAA